AUGCUAGAAUCAUUAGCAGCAACUUUACUAAAUAGACUACUCGGAUCUUAUGUAGAGAAUUUUGAUCCAAAACAAUUGAAUGUUGGAAUAUGGAAUGGAGAUGUUAAGUUGAACAACUUGAAAUUAAGGAAAGAUUGUCUUGAUUCGUUAGAUUUACCGAUUGAUGUAAAAUUUGGUAUCUUAGACAAUCUAGUUUUAAAUGUCCCUUGGUCGAGUUUGAAAAAUAAGCCUGUCAAGAUCAUUAUAAAUGACGUCUAUCUGUUGGUCGUUCCUAGGAACCUUUCAAAUACUACCGAUAAUAAAGAAAGAGAAUUGAGAUUGAAGUUACAGAAAUUAGCAGAAUGGGAACUAAAUAAGUAUACCUUGGAUUCGGUUAAUGAAGAUUCUAAGAAUGAAACUUUUAUGCAGUCGGUCAUUACCAAAGUCAUCGACAAUUUGCAGGUUGUUAUUAAGAAUAUACAUAUCAGAUAUGAAGAUACGUCAUGCAUAUACUCCAAAUUCCCAUCAUCAUUAGGAAUCACUUUAAAUGAAAUAUCUGCUGUUUCUACAGAUUCAGAUUGGAAACCAAGUUUUAUUGAGAUUACUCAAACUAUAACUCAUAAACUACUGACUCUUAAAUCCUUCAGCCUCUAUUGGAACACAAAUUCAGACUCCUUUUUAGAUGAAACGGUCCCUCAGGCAGCGCUUAUUAAAAGAUUUAAGAGAUACAUAGAAUCUGCUGAUAACAUUCAGUAUAUCUUAUGUCCUAUUAGUGGUCUGGGAAGAUUAAGUAUUAAUAAGCUUGGUACAACGGAAAAUCAGGCGCAUGUUGAAUUGGACGUUUUAUUUGAGGAGUUUGGUAUAGAAUUAGAUGACAUUGAAUAUGCGGAUAUAAUGUAUUCCCUUUCUAAAUUACAAUUAAUCAAUCACACUAAGAAAUUCAAGCUGAAUAGGCCAACAAUCAGUGUCUCUGAGGAUCCCAGAAAAUGGUUCAAAUAUAUUGGUACGUGUGUCAUCAAUGAGAUACAUGAGAAAAACGCAGUCUGGACAUGGGAUCACAUUCAAAAGAGAUGUCAUCAAAGAAGAAAAUAUAUAGAAAUCUGGAUUGAGAAAUUGAAGUUACCGACUAUCGAAGAUAGCCUUCCUGAUAAAUCAUUGGAAACAGAAUUAUCAGAAUUACAUAAAGAAUUGGACUUUGAUUCGAUAGUUCUUUUCAGAACUAUUGCGAAGCUAGAUUACAAAAAGUGGAAAGCCAGCAAUAAAGACCUAUCUCCUGCAUUAUCACAAAUUUCACAAGAGCCACAGAAAAAUGCAACUUGGUUCUCUAGUUGGUGGAAUACGAGUAAGCAAGGUAAGCAAGAUGAGUUGAUUAUUACUGAGGAACAAAAGCAAGAGUUUUACGAUGUCAUAGAAUUUGAUGAAAGUGAGGAAUUUAAUGCAAGUAAGCAAGAGAAUCUUGCAAAUAUCAAGAUACCAAAUCAUUGGACUACAUUGAAAAUCACAGGAAGUUUGAGGAAAGGUUAUUUUGCAAUCAAGAAGAAUGAACAAAAAAUGAAACUUGGUGAAAUCAUCUUUGAAAACUGUCAAUGGGAUUUUCUAAAGAGGUCUGACUCCUACAAGACAACAUUCAAAAUGCACGAGUUUAAAAUAGAGGAUGGCUCCCCCAACAGUAUUUACAAACAUAUUGUCAGCCCCAAGACUUCUUUGGAAACUAAAAUAAAUGAUGAGCUGGAUAACAUAGAUGAUAUCGUGUAUGUAGCACGGAAAGAACCCUUGUUUUCAGUCGUUUAUGAGUCCAACCCAUUGGAUGGAUUAAGCGAUUCGAAGAUUGAUCUAAAAUUAUUAGGGACAACUGUCUUUUACCAUGUACAUUUCAUCAAUGAAGUGAUUACAUUUUUUAGCCCCAGUGAAGAACAACUGGACACCAUUGGUGCAAUUAUUAGUGCUGCCGAAGCAACUGUGGAGGGAUGGUCUUCUCAAACAAGAAUGGGCAUAGAAUCAUUACUCGAAGAACACAAAACGAUCAACAUAAAUGUGGAUCUUCAAACUCCACUUAUUAUUUUGCCGAUUAAUCCACAUUCUUGGGAUACUCCUUGCGCUAUUAUUGAUGCGGGGCAUAUAUCUUUAGUAAGUGAUAUUGUACCAAAGGAAAAGAUUAAGGAAAUUAAAGGUAUGUCACCCGACCAGUAUGAAAAAAUAGAUACAUCUGAUAUCAACAGACUGAUGUAUGAUAGAUUCAGUAUUAUUUCCCAAGAUACCCAGAUUUUAGUUGGACCCAAUGUUCAGUCCACACUUUCGAAUAUAACCCAAAAAAAUAAUCAAAAUGAUUUUUGCAUUUUGAACAAAAUGAAAGUGGAACUGACCUUAGAUAUUUCCAUAUUACCAAAAGCUCUGAAACUACCGAAAUUCCGAAUUUUUGGACAUUUGCCAAACCUUGCACUAGGCUUUAAUGAUUACCAGUACAAGAUCAUAUUAGAUCUUCUUGAAAAGUGUUUCCCCAUUUUCAACGAACCCGCCGAUGAUUAUUCAAAUGUUCAAGAACCUAACACCAACAUAUUACAAGAUAAAAAUGAACAGCAAAAACUGCUGACUGAAAUCGUUGCACGUUUGAAUAAAAUGUCACCGCUGGAAAUUGAACAGAAAUUACUGGAAAUACAUUUUGAUAUAGAUCAAGCGCAAUUCUCGGUUUUCCAAUGCAUUCAUAAAGAAACGAUGACGUGCAAAAAAUUGAUCGAUAUGGUGGGUACAACAUUUAAAUUUGAUCUUGCUAGAAAAGCGAAGGAAAUGAAUCUUGAUAUGAGCGUCCAUUCAUUGAAUGUCGAAGAUUGUAUUGAAAAUAGUCAGGACAACGAUUUAAAAAAUCUAAUAUCUUCUUAUGUGGAUGGCAAUACAGGAGAUGAUCUUGUUACUUUUGAAUAUAAGAGAACACAAAGAAUUGUCUCCCACGAAGGGACAUUGAUUGAAGUUUUCGACCAAAAUUUGAACAUGAAUUUGAAAAAGCUCAAGCUUGUUCUAACACCGAAAUCUCUUCUAACGCUAAUGAACUAUUCCGUUCUUACCUUUACAGAUCCAAAUGCUCCUGAACUUCCUGCUGAUGUUUUAAAACAUAAUGAAGGAGAAAGGGAAGAUGCUGCUCAAAAACUAAGUCUCAAUUUCAACAUGGCUGGUUUAGAUAUCAUAUUUAAUGAUAGCGCAAUGAAAAUUGCAACUUUAGUACUGUCUCGAGGUCAAUUUGAUGUAUUGCUAUUGCCUGAAAAGAUGAAACUAGACAUGAAGAUUGACGGUUUAGAAUUGACGGAUGAAAUAAAUCAGGGUGCAGAUAGGAAUUCAGUACUAAGAAAGUUGAUUUCCAUGGAUAAUCAAGAACUCUUUGAGUUUUCUUACGAAACGUUUGAUCCAACCAUUAAUACAAACAAUUAUGACUGUGCAUUGAAGUGUGUAGUUGGCUCAGCAUUUGCCAAUUUUAACGAGGACUGUGUGAAAAGAAUAUUCGAGUUCUUGUACAAAUUUCAGAAAAUGAAGGGAUAUUUCGAUAGAGCUAGGCUUGCUGCGUAUAAUCAAGCGCCAUCAUUUGACACUGUAAAUAAUAUGAAGUUGGACGUUGUAAUAAAAGCUCCUAUCCUCCAAUUUCCGAAACCAAAGAAAUAUGGGACGUCUAGUACCUUUGACUUGAUGACCUUUUAUUUAGGUGAAAUUUUUAUAGCAAAUGACUUUGAAGACACAUCUGAUGGCGGAAAAGUAAAUCAUAUUCGUAUGGGGGUAAGAAAUGGAAAGAUUUCUUCCUUGCUCAAUUUAGAAAACGGCCUGGAACAAAGGUUAUCAAUUGCUGAUGAAAUGAGCCUUCUGGUAAAUAUGGAUUAUACGCCCUUCUCCAAUGAAACCAGUUCAAAGUAUAAUAUUUCCAGUUCCUUGGAGCCUAUGACACUAUGUGUCACGGAGCUGCAAAUGAAGUAUUUAUAUCAGAUUUUAUAUUCAAUCCAGAAGUCCCUAAACAUAGAGGAUCCGAGUCUUUUUGACCUUAAAAUGGACGAACUAGGUGCAGAUGUCACCAUAGGCGAAACUAGCCCUGCAGCGGACGACGGUACAAGAAUUCUCCCGAAGGAAGAAACUUCCACACAGGCAACAUUAAAUGAGAAUAUUCGUUUCAAUUUUCAAGCACCACUUAUAUCAUUAACGUUGUUUGACAAUACGAAGGAUUGUACGGACAUCAAGAGAAAUAGUAUUACUAAAGUAAAUUUAGAAGGCAGCGCUAUAUCGUUGGAUAUGAAAGAAAAUGGUGUUAUAAACGGUGAAGCUCACAUUGUAGCAUUUACCGUUGAAGAUACACGUAAUGUCAAGGAUAAUAAGCACUCUGAGCUAAUUCCAAAAAUACAAGAAGGUAAUAAUCAAUUCAGCGCUGUAAUUACUCGUAAGUGUUUGGAACGGGGCUUGUUAACCAAUAUUGCAGCUACGAUAAAUAGUCCACGUAUUAUUCUAGCGAUGGAUCAUAUGUUUGCUAUCAAAAAGUUCUUUGAUAUUCUGAAUAUUUCUAGGGAUUCCUCGAGAAUGUCCGAAGAUACGACUAAGGUUAUGGAGCCUGUCAUAGUUGAGACUAGAUCUGAUGACUCAAGUAAUCUAUUUCAGUACUCGAUGAAUAUUGUCGGAACUGCAAUUAUUCUUCUGGCUGAUCCAUCUGAUAUAGACUCUGAGGCCGUGGUAUUUAGUGUAGGCCAAAUUUUGAUUGUGGAACAAAAUGUUGUAACGCUAUCCGCCAAUAAUAUUGGGAUGUUUCUAUCCAAAAUGAAGUCUAUGGAAGAGAGUAAAGUACGUUUAUUAGACGAUUUCUCCUCCACAGUUACGAUUGAUAGAAGAGAUUCCACGAUAGAUAAACUACUAACCAACAUACAUGUUGCGAUUGAACCAUUAAUUAUGCGUAUUUCCCUCAGAGAUAUAAGGCUUGCAAUGGUGAUUUUCAACAAGGCAGUUUCACUUUUGGAUUUCGAAAAUAGACCUAUUGACUCAAAAGACCUAUCAGAAAAUAACGAAAAUGUUGUAACCACUUUUUCAAAGGAGUUCGAAAGACGUCUUGCUAAAUAUGCACCUAGCUUAUUGAGCUCAAAAAGUGAUCUUUCUGAUACCAAGGGAUCAGAAGAUAACAUCCGGAUACAAGAGCCUGAUGUCGUGUUAAAAGCGGAAACUUUUGAUGCUGAUUUUGGUGGUUUGAGAAUGAUUUUAUUGGGCGAUGUUCAUGAAAUGCCAAUAUUAGACAUGCAUAUCAGUCCCUUUACCGCUGUUGCAAAGGACUGGUCAACAGAGUUGGAUGCACUAGUUACGGUAGAGCCAAAAGUUAAUAUUUUUAACUACUCAAGAUCAAGCUGGGAGCCAUUGAUUGAGCCAGCACCAAUUUCUUUCCAUUUGUCCAAAGGUCCGAAUCAAGAUGCCGGGACAAUUUUUGAUGUUAUUGGCAGAGAAAUUACUGAAGUUACGUUAUCAUCGAAAUCUAUCUCGAUGUUAUCAAAUAUUUCAGCAUCUCUAACAAAAGAGAUACGCCUGACUCCUAGAGGCUCAAAAAAACCAUAUCUUCUCAUCAACGAUACAGGACUUGAUCUUAAUGUAUGGAUAAAAAGUGACGAUGAUAAAGAACGGAAUGGACUGACUCUGCUAAAGGAAAACUGUCAUAUGCCAUGGGAGUUUGAAGAUUGGCAGACAAUAAGGGAAAGACUUGACACUGAUAAUACGAAGAGCUUUUUAUGCGUUGCGGCAGCUGAUAUGAAGUAUGAGUCAGUAUUGACAAUAGAUGCAACAUAUGAAGGUGAAUUAUUGCACACUUUGAAACCGUCCGUGAAUCAAGUACACAAUCGAAUUGUCUCUGAAUUGAGAUGCAAUACUGAGAAUGUCAAAGUGGUUACUUUUAGAUCUACAUUACAGCUUGAAAAUACAACAAAAACGCCCAUUCAAGUAAAAGUAAAGGCGAGUGGGCAAUCCGAAUCGAUUGAGUUUACAAUUAAUCCAACAACAUGUGGGUCUGUCCCCAUUGAGUAUGCAUAUAAUUCAAGGAUUUAUUUAAAGCCAUUGGGAGAGACUGAAUUUGAUUGGUCACAGCAAGCAAUUGCAUGGCAAGAGCUCUUAGACAGACCUCUUUCAUUUGAAUGUUCUUCACGACAUGAACUAUAUGACAAAUUUUUCAUAGAAGUCAAUGGAAAAUACGAUAAAAGAGAGCCAUUGGCGAAGAUUUAUCCACAUAUGAAAAUAACCAUAUCACCCUCUAUAAUUGUUGAAAAUCUUUUGCCAUGUGACAUUAACUUCUGCAUUUUUGGGAGAAGAGAAGAAAUGAAGAAGUUUAAAUACUUAAAAAAAUCGGAACAGAUUAGUCUUCAUGAUGUUUCUCUUGAUGAGUUUCUUCUUUUUUCAUUAGAACCUGUACUUGAGAAUAGUGCCAUUUCAAAGCCUUCUAUUGUAAACACUCCAAAAGGAACAGCAUUGGAACCUGAGACGACAUUAGUUCUGAAUAUGAAAAAUGGACAAAGGCUACAACUGAGCCUUAAGUAUCAGAGUAUCGAAGGCAGUAGGGCGAAGAUCAUUAAAAUAUUCUCUCCUUAUGUUAUUAUUAACCAUACAGAUAAAGAUCUUUAUGUUGAAAGCAGUCGUUCCAAUAUUGCUGUAUCAAAAAUAGUGCAGGCAACUGAAAAGAGAUACACCUUGCCUUUUAUGUUUUCAUUUGAUAAAGAUAAUCAAAAUAAUAAUAGAGCACGGUUCAAGUUUAAAGACAGUGAUUGGAGUAUUCCUGUGUCUUUCGAUGGCCUGGGCCAAUCAUUUGAUGUAACGCUUAAUGAAAUGAAUCGAGCUCUUGAGUACAAUUUAGGCGUUAAUAUAUCCGAAGGUGAAGGAAAAUAUGUUCUAAGUCGAAUUAUCAAUGUGACACCUCGAUACAUAGUUAAGAAUGAAUUGGAAUUUCCAAUAGAAUUAUGUGAGAUCGGAUCCGCUAAUGUGACAAAAGUGGAAACUAUGACAUCAAUACCACUAUAUAAAAUGAGGACAGUCCUGAAUAAGCAAUUAAUGAUUAGAAAGACUGUGAGUGGCGGUGAGUGGUCAACGUCAUUCUCCAUGAAAGAUGUUGGACUCAGUUAUGUGAAAUUACUCACUGAAGAAGGCUUACAUAUGCUCCUAAAGGUUGAAAUUAUUCUAGAAGAUGCUACUUUAUUUAUCGUCAUCAAGGAUGGUAAGAACAGCUGGCCAUAUUCUAUUAGAAAUUUUAGUGAUACAGAGUUUAUUUUCUAUCAAAGAGACAUAAAUAUAUUGGAUGAUUACUACGAGGCUGAUCAGUAUGAUGAACAGAAUGAGGUUGAGUACAAGCCCCUAUAUUACCGGGUCCCGCCUAGAAGUGUAAUGCCUUAUGCAUGGGAUUACCCAACAGCUAAGCAAAAGAAACUGAUUAUAACUUCUGGUAGUCGAAAGAGGGAGAUCCAGCUUGCGGAGAUUGGAAAUCUAAAACCUAUGAGGAUACCGGCACGAAUGGCAAACGAAGAAACGGUAAUAGUUGAUCUUAAUGUUAUUGCAGAUGGCCCCACUCAAGCAUUGGUCAUUACAAAUUACAAUAGCAAAUUGAGUUUGUAUAAAUUGAGGGCAAGGAGCGGACCAACAUCUUCCCGUAUGGGUUCCAAUAUAUCAUUGAGCAGUUCUGGUGAGGUAUUCGAAGCCAGAGAUGAGGAUAAGGAUGUUUUCACGAAAAUAGUGGUUUCUUUUAAGGGCAUUGGAAUUUCGUUGAUUGAUGCUAAUCUAAAAGAGUUAGCAUAUACAACAUUCCGUGGCGUGGAAUUCCGAUAUAACAAUUCGAGCUUAUAUCAAACUUUCAGCUGGAAAAUUAAAUGGCUACAGAUUGAUAACCAAUUAUUUGGCGCAACAUAUAAUAAUGUAUUGUAUCCAACGGCAAUACCUAAAACUUCUCAAGAGAUUGAAAAUCACCCGGUACUCUCAGGGUCAGUAUCAAAAGUCAAAGAUGAUUCGUAUGGUGUCCCAUAUUUCAAGCAUGCAACAUUACUUGUUCAGGAAUUCUCUCUUCAACUAGACGAAGAUUUUGUUUACUCAUUGAUUGAUUUCUUAAAGUUUCCCGGCGCACCAUGGCAUGAUGUGGAUUCAAACAACAAUAUCAUUCUUAAGGAAACUGUGGGAUUGCCAGAAGUGAAAGAGGUUAAUUUUUCUAACGACUUUUACUUUGAAAUGUUCCAUAUUCAACCUACUCUGCUCCAUUUGUCGUUUGUCAGAACAGAAAGGCUCAAUUCGGCCAAUAAUGGUCCCGAUUUAGAUAAAGUGGAAGAAAUAGAGAAUACAACUGCAUCUACAUCGACAUUCCUACUACACGUAUUGACCAUGACUGUGGGUAAUGUUAAUGAUGCUCCAAUAAAGCUGAAUUCCCUAUUCCUAGACAACGUGCGUGUCCCUUUAACAGUUUUAUUUAACUCGAUCAAGACACACUAUAGUCAACAAUUUUUUUACCAGAUUCAUAUGAUUCUGGGUUCUGCUGACUUCUUAGGAAACCCAGUAGGUUUAUUCAACACAAUCAGUUCUGGUGUUUGGGACUUGUUUUACGAGCCAUAUCAGGGCUACAUAAUGAAUGACAGGCCUCAAGAAAUGGGUAUACAUAUUGCUAAGGGUGGUUUGAGUUUUGUUAAAAAAACCGUAUUUGGUGUUUCUGACAGUAUGGCAAAAUUGACAGGUGCUGUUGCUAAGGGUCUGUCUGUUACACAAGAUUCCAAAUUUCAAGAGAGCAGAAGAUUACAGCAACGUAUUAAUAAAAACAGCACUAACAUAUUUCAAUCCAGUGCAGAAUCCUUUGCCAGUACUAUUGGAAGCGGUAUCAGUGGAUUAGCUGUUGACCCUUACAGGGGAGUUCAACGAGAAGGUGCUGCAGGAUUUUUCAAAGGUCUUGGUACCGGAUUGAUUGGCCUACCCACAAAGACGGCGAUCGGUAUAUUAGAUUUAACUAGUAAUUUGAGUCAAGGUGUAAAAAACACUACUACGGCAUUAGAUAUGCUCGCAGCUAAUAGAGUUCGCAUACCAAGAUACAUUGACCCAUUCGAUCAAGUGGUCAAAUGUUACAAUUUGAGGCAGUCUCAAGGUCAAUACUGGCUGAAAUCCGCAAACGGGGGACUGUACUUGACAGAUAGAUAUCUGUCGCACGUUGUCCUACCAGGAAAAGAACUAGUUGUCGUUGUGUCAAUGGAAAGAAUAGCUGAAAUACGAAUCGCUACACAACAAGUGAUGUGGGGCACCGCAUAUUCUGCUAUUCAGGGUAUUACCCUGGAACGCGGUGGGAUCAGAAUCAAGCUAAAAUCCCAAAGUGAAUACUUCAUACCUAUAAGUGAUCCACAAGAGAGAAAAUCCGUCUACAAAAGCAUUGCAAUUGCUGUCACAGAAUACAACAAAUACUGCGAGGCAGUGUUGUGA